GCAAUCUGGAGUUUGAAGCCCGCCAGUCAGAUGUCGAGCGGCUUUUCAGAAGAUAUGGGAAGGUUGAUAGGGUGGAUAUGAAAUCUGGAUACUUGGAAUUCCUAGAUCUUCCUGGAUGAAGGGUUCUCUGCGUUUCUUUUUUGGCUUGUGCCAAAGAUACAUAUUCUUAUGUUUAUCUGAAAGAACAAAUGUGAUCUGCCAUGGUUCUACCAUCCUACAAUUUACUGAGACCAUUGCCUUUUGCAUUCCUCAUGACCUUGCUCAGUCCUCAAUACCUGAAAUGUUUCAACAUAGAUAGCAUGAUCAUCUCGGAUCCAGUGGCUGCUGUUGAGUUCCUUCAUACAGAUUUUUCUUUCCCCUUCCCCCCUUCCCCCCUCACUCAUGAGGGGUUUUGGGUGGAUUUGCUUUCAUUUAUAUGGAGGACGAGCGUGAUGCUGAUGAUGCAAUUAGAAGACUUGACAGGAUAGAGUUUGGUAAAAAGGGACGCAGGCUUCGUGUAGAAUGGACUAAGGAGGAUCGUGGUGGUAGUAGGAGGCCUGACAGCUCCAGGAAGCCUGCUGCAAAUACUAAACCUUCCAAGACUUUAUUUGUCAUCAACUUUGAUCCAGUUCAUACUCGGACAAGGGACAUAGAGAGGUAUUUUGAGCCUUAUGGUAGAAUAUCAAAUGUUCGAAUCAGAAGGAAUUUCGCAUUUGUUCAGUAUGAGUCCGAGGAUGAUGCUAGCAGAGCAUUAGAAGCGACAAACAUGAGCAAGUUCAUGGAUCGAGUUAUUUCUGUAGAAUUUGCGAUUCGAGAUGAUGAUGACAAGAGAAAUGGUCGCAGUCCUGACAGAAGAGGCCGUGACAUGUCACCUGGCAGGAGAGGUUAUGACCGUCGGCGUUCGCCUAGCCCAUAUAGAAGGGAUAGGGGUAGUCCUGACUAUGGGCAUGGAGCACUUCUAAACUCAAGGCCUCGCACCAGGGGAAGUCCUGAGUAUCGUCGAGCAGAAAGCCCUGUCAAUGAGAGAUAUCACAGUCGUUCACCACCGCCACGUGAGAGGUCUCGAUCUUGAGGAGAAAACUUCCAAGCAAGAUUUCAUCACCCCGAAAAGAAAAAGAAAAAGAAAACCUUCCAAGCAAGAAGCUAGUUUAGAAGUUAUUUAUGUUGUCUGUUGGUCACGUUGUCGUCUGGAAUUUGUAGCUUUACAACCUGCAGAUGUACAAUGUCUUUGUACCAUUGUGUAUGUUAGUUUGAUGUUGAUUUCCGUAAUGACUAAUGAGUAUGUUGUGUACACAAAUAUUAAAAAUUCUACUCAUUGCAAUCGAAUUAGCUGAGGUGUAUUUGGCGAAAGAAGAAUGGCUUUCAAAAACUCCUCCAUUCUAUUUUUCUGUA